UUGUGGCGGUCUUUUUGUUUGGGCUGAGCGCUUCUCAGCUGUUCGGCUGUACGGGCGCAGAAGAAUGUGGCUAAUUUGGCUAUUGAGGUGCAGGGGUUAAUAAAAGUUUUGUUUUUGUGGCAAGGCUCGUGUCAUCUGCCUUAAAUUGACCUGAACUCGUCUUUAGAAGAUCGCACGCGAAUUCAUCAUGAAUAUGCACUUUGAAGGGUCCAGCAGUGUCAAGCUGUUGUUUGACUUCUGGGAUGUGCAUGGGCCUGCAGGGAUGGUGUUGUCGGUCUUCGUCGUUCUACUGCUCACCGUGUUCUACGAGCUUCUGAAAGUGUGGAAGGUCACUAUUGGAAAACAGAUGGGAUCCUCCAUUACGCAUUCAUCCGCUCCGGUGUCUUUCUCACCUGGAGCGUCCUGUUUCGCCCCUGUCAUGAAGUGUCAAGAGGGAAGCUCUUCUCUGACCAACAGCCCCUCUGAGAUCUCAUUAGCUCCCACCGAGAAUACGGCCAUCACUGCUGACACCACCGCUGCUGCUAAGAAGAGCUGGCUUCUACACUGCCUCCAGACCGCCAUACACCUCCUGCAGGUGACGCUGGGCUACAUGCUAAUGCUCUGUGUAAUGUCCUACAACGUGUGGAUCUUCCUGGGGGUCAUCAUUGGAUCUGUAUUGGGAUACUUUCUGGCUUUUCCUCUACUGAAUCACAUUUGAGAAGACAUGAGAGAACAAAAACAUGUGGCGGCAUCUCAAAGUGUUCAUCUGAGUUGACUGCGGACUCUAGAUCAAGAGCAAAAUGAAGACUGAACAGGGAUGAUUCUCAUUUUGAACUGUUUUUAAGGUUGUAUUUUAAAGAUCUUGCAUGAAAUCUUAUUUAACUGAAAUUUGGAGAUAACCUAUUGUAAAAUUGGUUAAAAACCAACUUUCAAAAAUGUUUAGAUUUUAAACCUCAUUGGAAACACAAUAUCUUUCAAGUGUUAAACGCAUGUGAUUUAACCUUUGAGGUUGUAUGAUGUGACUUCUUGUUCAAACAGUCAGCACUGUACUAAAUGGAGAUGUGCCUCAUUGAAAGGUUUUUAUACUUUCUACAACUACUGAUGUAAUUAAUAAGCUAAUUUUCUGUUACACAGAUUAAUCUUUAACUUCUCUUCUCUGAGAUUUGCUUUACUGUAGCUGUUGGUUUUCUGUUAUUUUGGGAAAUCACACUAGUUUUAAACCUCAUAGUAAACUUUCUACAUGAGUCAAGAUCAGGCGUUGUGUCAUGUUGGAAAUUACUGCUGAAUAGCAGAACAAACAGGUUUAAAAAGAGAAAUGCAAAUCAUGUGGCCUGAGUUAAUGUUCGCCAGCAAUACAGACGCAUGGAAACUGACUGACUGAGAGCAGAAAUUAGAAACUACGAUCCUCACCACAAUGAUUCAAAUGCACUAUUAGUAAUCUUCCUCCAGGCAAUCUUUUUGUUUUACUCCAUUGCUUAAUUGUUUUAAAAAUGAAAUUGGUUUUAUUGCAGAAUAUAUUAAAGGUUUUGAUUACAAGUCUA